AUGGAGUCAAUCAAGAGCAUAAUACCAGUUUUACUGGCUAUCAUUGUAAAGAAAAAUUUUCGAAUCUUGCAAUGUGUGAAUAUAUGGCAGGUAGUCGUAGAGCAUGGAGAAAUCGAUUGGGAGAGGUCUGAAGAUGAUUUCGAUAGAAUUCGUAACAUGAAUAGUUCUAACCGUAGACAACGAAGAAUUGGGGGGAAUAAUAUACCCGCACCAUCUACCAGGAAGUUGAACAUACGGUCAGCAUCCCCCUCUCAUAAUCCUAAUGUUGGAAAUGCGGGAAUUCCUGAAACAUUAUCUCCUCAACCACCACCUUAUGGAGCCACAGAUGAAGUACAAAAUAAUAAUUCUAGCCACGAAGUAGCUGUCUCCGGCAAUAUGCCCUCAUCGCAUGAUGUAGUAGGCAAUCAACCACUCUCUCAUAUGGAAUUAAUUAACGAGGAAGAUAGAUAA